AUGGGCAAGAAAUUCAAACAUUCAGAAAUAUUUCCUAGCAACCCCAUGCUUAUGUGUAUAUGCGAUAGUUCGGGUUCCGGGAAAACUCAUCUCACUUUUAACAUGUUGACAACCCCGAACCUUUUAGAUUUCGAUUCAUUAUAUAUCUACACAACAACACCAGAACAAUCAUAUUAUCAAUUCCUCAAAGCUUUAGAAUAUUUACCCAAGAAAGACGUUCAAGACAUAUUUAAAUAUUAUGAAGACAAUGAAGUGGAAAUAAAAGAUAUCUUAGAUACAUAUAUAAAAGAAAAGAAUCCAUCUUUCAAUCCAUCGGACAUAAAAGUUUUUCUUACGAAAAAUGUUAAUAUUUUAGAUUUGUCUAAAAUUGAUAGUGAGAGAAAGAACUUAAUAGUGUUUGACGACUGUGUAGCACAAAGAAAUCAAGCUGUUCAACAAGAAUUUUUCACGAAGGGAAGACAUCACAACUGUCACUGUAUUUACCAAUCCCAAUCUUUCUACGCAAAUUGUUUUUUAUUAUUCGAAUUGAACGACAGAGACUUGUCUCAAAUCAUUCAGUCGAUAAAUCACGGAAUGGACAGAGACACGUUUAAAAAGGUUUGUAAAGCUCAAUGGGGAAAUCCGGACGAUCAUGGAUAUGUAUUCGUCAAUACCAGAAAACCUGCGGGUGAAAGAGUUAUGAUCGGCAUAUGUUAA